UUUCUGCUUACUGUUGCCAGCGUUUGCCAUUGCAUUUCGGUCGUAUUUAAACGAACAACGUACUGUUCGUUCUUUCGUUUGUUCCUCGUUUUCAAACUUGCGAUAGUUGCUGCUAAAAUUUUUUUUCCCCAAGUGCGUGAUUUGUCCAUACUUUUGAACCACAGAAUACUUUAUCAUUUCUGCCUGGUAAAAAUGGCAGCCGUGGAAAUGCACAGUUUCGAAGCCGCAUACAGUGCGCAGAUGAACGGAGUGGACCACAAGUCCAAUCAAUUCGUGCAGCGCGUUUCCCAUCUGCCGAUGGUGGCGCUGUCCCUGUCGCGUCUCUCCGAUGCCUACCAGAAGACCAAGGUGCGCAAUGCGCUGCUGAAGCUGGUGCUGGAGAAGGGAGAGGAAACAGUGUGGGGAUCCUACAACCUGGCGUCGCUCAUUGCCAGCAAAACCGGCCUCCAGGGUCCGCUGAACAAAGUGGAUAUGUCGGCGUGUUAUCUGCUGAGCAAAGUCGAAGAGAAGCUUCCGGUUAUCACCUACACGCCGAACGAGUUGAUGGAUUCCACCAUGCGCAUCUAUGAUGACAAUGUUCGUCCGCAAAUCGAUCGUAUUGCGCACAUCAAGGACAACACCGUGCAGAAGUAUCAGGAUGCCAAGGAAUUCAGCGCCGUGAAGCUGUCGGAAGCCAAACAUCUGGGUGCUGCCACGGUCAAAACGGUCAUUGAUUAUCCGGUCAAUCGUGUUAAUCAAAGUGUGGAAUGGAGUUUGAACACGGCUGAUUCUCUGGUGGAUAUGCUGUUGCCAGAAGGAGACUCUGACCAUGUUAAUAUGAACAACCACCCGGAAGUGUAUGACGGCAACAUGGACCAUGCCCGCAUCAUUUCGCUGAAGCUGCGCCAGCGCGUAGUUCACCGCCUGGCUGACAAUGCCCACACUGCGGCUUUACUGGACCAGGCGCUGCACAUUGUCGAAUCCCUCAAACACUCGACGGCCGCCAACUCGGUCAACCAUGUCCUGGACAACAUUCGGCGUCUGUCGGUGGCCAGCCGGACUAACGGCGUGCACCACCAGGAAGGCGUUGAUGUAAGCGUGUUAGCGGUGGCGUUGGUUAAGAAUCUCACUGAGCAGCUGAAGGAAGCCAUGGAACUGACCAGUCAACAAGUGUCGCGUUUUCUUCCCCAGCCGGUCACUGACAGGAUUUCCAGUGCCACGGAAGUGGCCCGUGAUAUGUACGCACAGGUGUCGCAGGCGCAUCAUGUGGAUGACCUUUCGCACUCCCUUCUUGGCCAAGUCCAGGGUUAUGUUGCUUCCGUCCAAACCACUAUGAAUGCUGCACUGGAUGUUUUAACCGAAACAUAUUUGCUGAAAUGGCUUAUUCCAGAGUACAAAAAUAUCGGUUCUUUGGAGAUCCACAUGCAGUAACCCCGCAAAGACCUGUAGUUAAAAAAGUCCCCGGUUUUACGCGUUCUUCUUAGCAUGUUAUAGUGCUUACAUUAGUUUACCGCUGCUUCAUUAUCUAAAUUCGGCUUGUUGAGCCUGUGACGAUCAUGUUUAUGUCAACAGGUGUUUUGUCACAUAUUGAAGUUCGUUCUUUGAGAAAUAUCACAUUUGUUGAAAUUCAUUCCAUGAGAAAUGUGGUUCCGUUUCUUUUGGAAGCUGUUUGCUUGGUGUUUCUCGUUAGGUUUAGGUUUCUGAUGCUAAUUUCAAUGUUCUUACUCUCGCGUGCGAAUUAUCUGCUUGCUGCGCUAUGCCUACGGCCCUACAUACCUCAAGAUUCUCCAUAUGCAAUAUAAGCAAAGUUAGCAAAUAGAUGAAAUUUGUUCAUUCCCAGUAAACAAGUACUUUGGAUAGUG